GAAGCCUUUUCGGGCGCUGAUCGGAUGCAGUGCUUCAAUACAAGACCUUCCUGCAGGCAGUGAUCGGAUGAUAGGCUGAGUCUUCCCCUGCUAACCUGUCCAAUUCUGUCGCCUUCCCUUCCCCAGCUCGUGUUCGAAGAGGUCGCUGUGUGGACGAUGGCCGCCUGCCCAUUCGCCUGAAGCUCUAACACGCUUGUGGGCUAGAUGGCUGCAGCUAAUAAGGGCACAAAGCCGAAAGUGGGUGGUGUCCGCUUCGCCGCCAGCCAGCCCGAGGAAGGAGCACAUUCCCAUGUGCACUUUGACGAGAAGCUCCAUGACUCCGUGGUCAUGGUCACCCAGGAGAAGGAUGGCAACUUCUUGGUCAAGGUAGGCUUUCUGAAGAUACUGCACAAAUACGAAAUCACAUUUCUUCUGCCUCCCAUUCAAAGACUGGGGAAGGACGUCUGUGCCAUUCUGCUUCCAAACCUUAACCUUAAAGUCAUCAGCAUCACACCAGUGGCUGAAGGCUACAGUGUUAAGUGCGAGUACACCGCACACAAAGAAGGGGUCCUGAAAGAAGAGAUGAUGCUGUCCAGCGAGACCCACGAUGGUGCCUGCGUCAAAGUGGUCGUUCAAGCCCGGGUAAUGGGUAGGUAUCCCUCUAAACUGCGCUGGAAAUGGGAUCUGGAGCCUUUCGCUGCACGGACUGCCUAGAAUUCAGCCCUGGUG